GACCUGGCUGCCAGACACCCUUGGGGAGCCUGACCCUUCAAGCAUGAGCCAUACCAUCUGGGCUCCCCCAUUCCCAGUGUGUUUUUAGCUCUGCCUGCCUGGCGUGGGGUCCUGGAGACCUUCUUGGAGUUCAUCCAGCAGCCAUCAUGCAAGGUGGUGCUGGGGGCUGCCCUUUUACUAGGAGGUGGAGGCCUCAUGCUGUGGAUUCAGAGAAAGAGAAGGAAGGCAGUCACUGAAUCUGCAGAAGAUGAGGGCAAGUCGCCAGACUCCCACAAAGCAAAAAAUGGGAGCUGGAUCAAGUCUCACUUUAGCCGCCUUUCUGAAGAGAAGCUGCUCCCCAACAGUGCCAGCACCUGCAGCAACCCUCCACAGCCCGAGAGUGGGAGUGGAGAGGCCAGCACCACCAUUCACAUGGAGACCGUCACAACCAGGCAUGGAGAAGGGGGCACUGCUGUGCGCCGGGAAUCUUUCACCAGCAGACAGAAGGCACCUGGGUCCUCCGUGAUUAAAGAGACCCACAAGGAGUCUGGAAUAGCCUCGUCCUCGAAUGAGGCCACUUGGGCUGCUGUGGCUGCCUGCACCAGGGAGAUUGACAAUAAGGGACGGCAACUGGCUAACUCCAUGCUGCAGCGAGCCACGGCCUACCAGCACUCAGGCCACCUUGAGUCCAGGGACAUCAACCAGGAAGAGCUGAAGGCCCUCGAGGAGGUGGAGCUAAAGCUGAAAACAAAUUUCCUUACCCAGCGGGAAAACACCAUAGCUGGUGCUAACCACACACACACUUUCUAUGGCCAUGGUCACCAUGGCCACCAGAGCCACCAGGGCCAUCCAGGCUACCAGAGCCACCAGGUUCAUCCAGGUCACCCGAGCCACCAGAAUCAUCAUGGCCACCAGAGCCACCAGGGUCUUCCAGGCCAACAGAACCACCAGGGUCAUCCAGGCCACCUGAGCCAUCAGGGUCACCCAGGCCACUCAAACCACCAGGGUCACCUGGGCCACCAGAGUCACCCAGUCCACUCAAGCCACCAGAGCCAUAGCCUGCCCAACCGCAACCACCAGAUCUAUGACUCCUGUGAAACCACCUAACCAUGGGUGGAGAUGCCCCUUCCCCCAGCAGGGCUGGCUCCAAACAGGCCUGUUUCUCUCCUAUGUGGCAACCAAUGUGGUCCAGGAUGAGAAGCUGCUGCCAAAGUCCCUUCUUCCUCAGACCCCUACAGGCAUUACAGCCCCUUUGACUCCUUGAGUGGGGUCAGCCACAGAGGAUGAUCCCUGACAAGAGGGCUGGGAGGAAGCAAAGCAGCUAACACAGACCCUGAGGACCCUGAAUCCCCACUGAGAGAAGACAGAUGAGGCAGAUCCCAGGAGCAGCUGAGAGCUCCAUAGUGAUGCCAAAUGCCUGGAACAGAGCCAAUAAAGCCUUGCAUACCCUCAGUCUGCGUCCAGGGACUCUGUGGCCAGCUGAAGGUCUGGGCAGGGAUAGAGGGAGAGGGCUCCUUCUCCAGUAGUCCUGUGUGUAUGACGUUGCCUUGGCAUUGGGACAGAUUUGAGACUCCAUAAAAAAGACUCCCUGGUCUCAAGUUGGGGGAGGGAUACCUCUGGGGCCUUAAUACCCACCAACCUGCUAUUAUCAGGGAACAGGGAACCAGCCCUGUAUUAGGAGUCCAAAAAACUCUUUUUUGGAGUUUUUAGUAUAUGCCUUGCUCCGUGUUAAGUCAUAGCCCCAUGAGGAAGGUAUUAUCUCAGCUUUGCAAAUGAGGCAGCUGAGGUUCAGAGACAUAAUUUGCCUGAGGUGACAUGGAUAGUAAGCGAUAUUGCUGGGACUGGAUCCCAGUUUGGCUUGAAUCAGAAGCCCCACCCUGCCCUGUGCUGCCUCUCAGUUCUCUUCCCACCACCCGCAGAUGGCUCUACUUCUCACAUGC